GCCAAGUCAGACAGGCAGAGAGACAAGGCCGCCGAAGUGACCGCGGAGCAAUGUGAGCCAGGGGCGGAUAUGAGAGGGGAGGAGGAGGAGGAGCAGCACCAGCAGCAGCACCAGCAGCAGAACCAGCAGCGGGAGUCAGGCAGGGAGACCAGGGAGACCAGGUAGACAAGUAUAGCCCGCUUGCCGCCAACCCGGGUGGCAGACAAUUAUGACUGCAGCCCUAGUCGCAGCAAGGCGCCGGGGGAUCAGAGGGGACGGGAUGGGACGGGACAGGAGGGAGGUAGAUGUGAGGUACGUACGUGUACCGUACCGAAAGCGAGAGAGAGGGUUGACGGGCAACGUUCGACAGGGUAGGGAGCGACGGGGAGGGCUAAGACAAGGACGAAGCUGUUCAGAGCGAGGUGAGUGGACGGGUGGGAGGGGAAUGAGUAAGAGAGCAGCAGUAAGGCGGGAACGCAAAGUGGGAUGGAUGGAUGGGCUUGAGGUUGAGAUCCUAUUUCUCACUCUGUUUUUUUUCUUUUUUUCUUUUAAUACAUUCUCUGCUCUUCUCUCACCCCCAACGCGGGCCUUUUCCUGCCUUUGUUCUUCAUGCCUCCCUUCCUUCGCAUAUCCCACUAAAUUUCCCAGUUGGCGGGGCCCUUUUUUUUUUUUUUUUUUUCCUUUUUAUGGGUUCCAGCUAGUACUACGUAAGUAGUGGUGGUAGGAUGUAGAGGAUUAAUUAAGCACGCU